GCAGGAUGAGCCUACCCAGAAGGCGCAGGGAACGCACCAGAAGGCAACACCCGAAGAGAAAACACUGGCCUGUUCACAUUAUCUGGGCUCUCUUCUCUAUGUUUAAGUGCAUUAAUUUUCUUUCUGGUUGCUUGUAAAUUGCUUUUACAGCAAAAUAAACCUGCUUUUUAGGAGAUCUGUUUUGUAUGUAUGGGGGUGGGGUGUGUACACAUUUGUGGGGACCAGAGAUCAAAGCCAGGUAUCUUCCUCAAGCAUUUCUCCACUUUUGUUUUUUGAGUCACUGAACCUAGACAUUGUCAGUUUGGCUAAACUGACUGGCUAAUGGGGUUUGAGGCUCUUCCAUCCCAGCUCUGUCUACCUCAGCACUGAGAUUACAGAUAAAAUACUGCCACACACCACCUUUAAACUUUAUCAUAGAAGUAGCCUUCUCUGGUUUGUUUUCAUUUUUGUUGUUGUUGUUGUUGUUGUAUCAAGACAGACUGGUCUUGAACUCAGAGCCAUCCUCCUGCUUCCUUCCCUGAGUGCUGGGAUCACCACAAUACCAGGCUUCUCUUUGUUUUAUAAAAAAUUAAAUAAAAUAAACUUGGUGUAUUCUAAGUCAUAGGCUCAGGAUGGAAUAGAGGAAAUGUGUCUAAAGACCCCGUGUGUGGAUAAGCUAGCUGAAGGGACAGCCGGAAGCACCCACCUUCUGUGAGGGACUUCCUGGCCAGCAUUCCAGGAAGCCCCGGCUCAGGUGAGGCAGGAAAGGAGACAGCACUCAGAACAUGGCAUAGAGAGUUUGAUGGCCACCUCCCAUUGAGAGGAUGGGUGGACACGUAAAAAGAAAGGAAAGCAAAAAAGACGGAGUGUCUUGAUGAGGGAGGAGUCGCAGUUGGGGGCUGCAGGCUAUAAGCAAAGACGCCAUCUCAAGGAGGGGACGGGGGCGUCCAUUGCCUCCUUGUUGGCUUAUAAAAGGUGGGCAGCCAGGCAGGCCUCACCUCACACCCAGGCAGCUUGUCGCCACACUCAAAGGAUAGCUGGCUAUAGCAUCCCCUGUGAGAUCCCAUCUCCAGAGCAUCGUCGAGGAAGUCAGGAGCAUGGCAACUCUGAGGGCAUGGCUCCUGUGCUUGCUGCUGUUAGCCUUGGUCCUCCCAGGAGCUUCCAGCCGAGCCCACCAGCACUCCAUGGAAACACGAACCCCUGACAUCAAUCCAGCCUGGUACACAGGCCGUGGGAUCAGGCCUGUGGGCCGCUUCGGCAGGAGGAGGGUAGCCCUGAGGGAUGUCACCGUACCUGGCCUGCGGUGCCGGCUAAGCUGCCUCACGCUGGAUGGAGGUGCCAAGUCCUCUCAGCAUGGAUGACAGCCCAGCUCAUGAAGACAGUGAUGCUGGGCCCAACACCCUCCCUCUCCCUACAGAGCCUCCCCCACCCUCCCUUUUCUCUGCUUUUCCUUGAAUCUAAUAAAAGUGCUGGCCUUGUUUACUGUA